AUGGCGUCUGUCGAGACCGAAGCGUCGACGGAGAGCAGGAAGCUCGUUCUCUGCUUCGAUGGCACAGGCAACUCGUUCAGUGGUUCCGGCUCUGACACGAAUGUCGUGAAGCUCUUGCGUAUGCUUGACCGCAAUGACAAGCACCAAUACCACUACUACCAGACCGGUAUCGGAACGUACGACGUCGACGACACCAGUGUCAACAAGAGUUGGGCCAGUGAGGUCCGCAGCAAUAUUUCUCAGAAGAUCGAUAUGGGCUUCGGCACCACUUUCGAUUCCCACGUCAUCGCUGGAUAUCGGUUCCUCAUGCGCUAUUACGAGACUGGAGACAGAAUCUACAUCUUCGGCUUCAGUCGUGGCGCCUUCACCGCCAGAUUCCUGUGUCGAAUGGUCAACACCGUCGGUCUUCUCUGCAAGGGUAACGAAGAGAUGGUACCCUUUGCAUACAAACUCUAUCAGGACCAUCUAGCGAAGGUUAAAAAGAGCGGCCAGGACGGCAAGGGCGCUGUGAUCAACCCUACCGAUGCCCAAGCGACCAAUGGCCAAGCUGCCAAAAACGCGAAAGCUCCCACCGUCAAUACCUAUGAAACACCUGCGAGUCCACCAGACACGCCUGUUGAUGAGGCUUUCCCCAGCGGAAUCAGCAGCUCCAAUGACGCAAUCAAGAAAUCCAAGGGCUGGAGAAGGAGAGGCAAGAGGAACGAGAUGGAAGCCUUCAGCAAGACCUUCUGUCGCAAGGAAGAGAGUGACCACGGAAAAGAAAAUAUCAAGGUCUUCUUUCUCGGCAUGUGGGACUGCGUCAACUCUGUUGCAGUCCUCGAGAAGGUCGGUGACAAGCCGACCUCGGUGAAGGGUACCGCAACCUACGUUCGCCAUGCUGUUGCUGUGGACGAGUUCCGAGUCAAGUUCAAGCCUGCUCUUCUCGCGCAAGAUAUCACCAAACCUUCCACAAAAAAGCACCGCCAUGUUGAAGAUGACAUCAAGGAGGUGUGGUUCCCUGGAAACCAUGGCGACGUUGGUGGCGGUUGGUCGGCAAUCAAGGAUGAUCCGACAUGGAAAGAUAGAGAGCUCCAAAAGAUCAGGGAGGAAAAGUUGAAAAACGGUGACUUCCGAACUGAUGAUAUUCCCGACUACUUAAAACCCCCAACUCUUUGGAAUAGGUUUUUGAGCUUCUUUGGGAGGGGACAGAAGGAUGAGGAGCUCGAUGAUAGCGAGGACAUGCAGCUGAGCGACAUUCCUCUGUCUUGGAUGAUCCGCGAGCUUGAACUCGCAGACGAGGAGUACAGGGCGAAUAGUAAGAAUAAAGAAACAGGGCUCAAGUGGCGGCCAAGACGCUUGGACAGAUUCAAGCAAAGCAUCUACCAGAACGAGGCGAACCAGAACGAGGCCCUGAAUGGAUGGAUCCACGACCUCCUUCGACUUGGAAACGGAAUGGGCUACAUCAAGCCGUUGAUGUGGUACCUCCUUGAGAUUUGCCCUCUCAUUAAGAGAUGGGAACUCGAUGACAAGACCAAAGAGUGGAAACUCUGCCAGUGGCCACUUAACAAGGGCGGUCCUCGAGACAUACCUCGCAACGCCAUCUUGCACGAGUCUCUACACCGACGUCUCCAUUAUGAUGACAACUAUCAGCCACAGAACAACCAUGGCAACUUGAAGGAGGCGUGCUUGAAGAAGAACCGUGCGCAUUACGAUCCUCACCAAGCUCACGAAGAGGGUUGUGCAGAGAGUUGUUUCCACAAUACUUGGAAGUUCAAGGCACAUGGAGAUCAUGCAGAUCAAGUCGUGUCUCAGACAACGAACUGA